AUGGCAGCCCAGAAACACGAUGAUAGUGUCUUGACGAGAACUUGGUGUUUAUGUGGACUCGUGUUGAGCUGGAUUAUUGGAAUUGGCGCGCUCCUGGCCGGUGGUAUAUGCGUUUAUGUUGAGGUUCGAGAUGGCAACGCCACACAUAUCAUCAUGUCGCACUAUUGGCGGGAGGUGCUUCCCCUGGGCUUGAAUAUUCUCGUCACCCUGCUCAACGACAGUAUGGGCUACGUCCACACCUGUUCUCUCCGCUGGUCCUUACAACGAGAAGGGAAACUUGACUUCAACUCGAACUUGCGUCUCCUCACCGCGCCGACACACAGCCGCCCGAACGGUGUGAUUCCCAAUGCCGUCUACCUUGUUGGCAUUAUCCUCUCAUAUGGGUCGACGUCGCUUAUCUUCCUGAGCCUGAACCCUGAACUGGCCAGACUGUUGAGUAAAGAGUAUGACAGCGCGGACAUCAACGGCGUGCAGAUCAAUGCUACCGCGCUCUUCACAUUAGGCGGAGGCUUCUUGCUGCAAGCCAUCAUCACGAACUGGGCGCUAGCAAAGACGAACAUUCCCACCUGGAGCUCCAACCCCCUCGACGUUGCCCGAGCAUGUACCGUUGAGGAGCACGAUGGAUACCGCGUGGAGCCACGCAUCGGCCGGUGCAUGAUGGGAGUCCAUCUGGCCAAGGAAGACGCGAGGUGCUACAAGCCGAGGCCGAAGCAGAAACCCAUGAUCACGGCACAUUCGCGGGUCAGACGCAUCCUGAUCCUCCUAUGGAUCCUCCCGAUACUGAGCGGUAUCUGGGGAGGCGGUGUUUAUGCCUACCUUCUGAAGGGUCCCAAGGACGGCGUGUUUGGACGAUCGUGGUCGCUGCUCCCCUUCUUCACUGGCAGCACGGAUUCCAAAUGCGCGACUCGCCAAUGCACGGAUGGCACCUCGGUGCUCAACGUUGGUUGGAGUGCCUCGAAUGGGGCGGCCGGAACCGUCGGCGCCGUGUUCCUUAUCAUGGCCUUUCAGUCCAUCGUCACGCUCUCGCUGCACUGCGCUGAACUGAUUGUCAACUUGGCUCGAGACGAGACUGUGUACCGCGCCCUGAUUGGGCCAAGGGGGACCAACGGUCACUACAACUCAAUCCUUGCUGCCUUCACAUCCUGGCGGACGAUGUUCUUAUUUGCCCUGAAAGCUGGCGUCCACUGGAUGUUUGGUCUUGCCAUCAAUCUGCAGUUCCAGCUCGGCGUCAACAUGCACCUGCCACAGAUCUUCUACUUUGCUGGCUUCUCGCUGGCAGCCGCCAUCUUCGGGCUGCUCCUCUCGGUCUGGCGCCCAAGCGGAUACCUGCCUGCCUCGUAUGGACACAUACAAACCAUUGCCGAUGUGGUGGACGAGUGGGCCGACUCCGGGUGCAUGUUCUGGGGUGAGAACACUCACCGACUGCCGCAGCCAGACGAGAGAAGAUGGUACGGCGGCCAGCACAAUAAUCAGCAUUCCAGAACCCGCAUCAGUGCAAUUCCGACCGAACUGCAGAGUCUCAGCCCGACCCCGACCAAACUUAUGGUGCAGUUCCCCUCGUUCCAACCCCCGCCGCAAUACCCAUCACCGUAUAACCAAAACCCCUGGGCUCACCAGGCCCAAACCCGACCGAGUCACAACAGCUUGAGCAGCGCUUACUCGGGCUACUCUGAAUAUUCGAGGGACAGCAACCAGAGCACGCAGCCUUUUCUUUCCAACCAUCAGCGGGGUUGGUGA